AUGGAACAAGGCUCAUCGGGACCUCCUCCACCCCUGCCUGACGAGGCGCUUGGGGCUGUGAUCCAGCUCGCGCAUGCCGCGUCGCGUCCGGAUAGCGACGCCUCCAACAACAACACGGGGAACGACAAUACGCGUGCCUCGGGCGCGAAAGGUCGCGGUACGGACCUGAGUGACAACCAACGUGCAUCGAAGCAUGUGCGUAUGGACAACGGCGCGCAGCCUGCUGGCAUGGAUGCGCAGGCACUAUCGUGGGCGCAGACCGCCCCGCCCGCCUACCCUGGCCAUGGUCUCGACCAAAAUGGCCUUCCACUGUCCCACGGCGAGGCCAAUGCGUUUGACCCUGCGACCCACGGUGUGGCCACCUACGGUGACCAGACGGACCAGAACCGCAUGGCGCCGCCGCCGCCUGUGCAGCAGCAGCCACAACAGCAGCACCAAUCGCAGCAGCAGGGUGAACAGCCAAAGCACCUCACGUCCGAGCAGACAGGUCUGGUGGGUGCGCGCGGUAAGACGGGCAUGACACGAACUCUUAGCACAAGUCGUCGUGCUGAGCAAAACCGAAAUGCGCAGCGUGUAUUCCGUGAGCGAAAGAACAAGUACAUUGCCGAUCUCGAAAGCAAGGCUGCGUCGUUGGAGAGUGCGCUCCUUGCUGCGGAAGAGCAUCGUCGUCGCUUUAAUGAGGCGCUGGAGACAAUUGAUAUCUUGAAGCGUGAUAACGAUACCUUGCGUGUGGCUCUUCGGGCCCUGGGCGGCCACCAAGCCGUGCCGAAUGCACCUGCCCUACCGAUCGAUCGCGCUUCGCAUACCUCGGCGCUGCUGCCUACAGCGUUUGCACAACAGCAUGCCGGCGCUCCCGCGGGGGCGGGGCGCCCUGGUGAGCACCACGACCACUCGCACGCCCAGGGCCAAGGCGGUAUGCACGACUCUGCCGACCAGAACCAGGACCCUGCGACGGCCGCAGCAGUGGCUGCCGCGGCUUCGGGCGGUGCACCGUACUGGCUACUGGAAGCUGUGUCGAAUGCCAACCAGCAGCACGGCUUCCCUGUGUCGAGCCACUUUUCCUCCCAGCUGGGCGACGGUAGCCUUCCAGCCGGCGCACAUACACCGAUGCAUCCGAACGACCCCAAUGCGAUGCGGGCUCGUUCGGCCUUGACCGGACAGCGUGCGGAAGGUAUGCUUGACCCAUCGUUGGAGCACGCAGCGUUGGGAGAUAACACACGCUCGGCAGCACGCGUGCCUGGCGAUGAAAGCAAGGGCAACGAGUCGCUCGAUGUGACGGGCAACCCUGACAACCUAGCUUCGUUGAGCGCCGUGGCGGCGGCGGCCGCCGCGGCAGCUUCACAGAAGGUGAACAACUGA